GCGAUCGAUCUCGAGAUGUCUCGCGAUCUAAGAAUUACUUCUAUAUAUAUGAAGCAGUUAGAUGGAAAUAUUUUGUUUCAGAUCAAAUUGUUCAGGUUGAGGCGAAGAAGCCUUUUCAUUUGUCCAUCUUUUCAUAUUUAUCUUGAUGAAGAUUCAGGAAGAAUUAAUGGCAGAGGGUGGAAAGGAGAAAAGGACUGGAGCCGGUGAAGCAGCAGGAAACAGGCGACGUCUGCCGGGACCGCCACUGUCUGAGGAAGAAGAGAAGAUAAAGAGGGAGAAGAAAAAUAGAAAGGACAGAAAGUAUUGGGCCAAAAAGACGGGCAACAACAAUGGUAAGAAUCAACUAUCAGAAAAUUCUAUUACUGUUGACCACAAAAGGAAAAGGUCUGCUUCACCAGCUGGAAGAACUGAAGACGAAUUACCACUACUGAAGAAGUUUGCAUCACCAAAGUUUGAUCAUAUCCCUACAAACAAAGAAAUCAUAUUAAAGUAAUGAUUUUUUCUUUGUUUGAACUAUUUGACCCUACCAUCUUAUAUUUUAGUUUAACAUUCUAUUU